AUGGCGACGAUGGGCAGCAUGUGCUUGCGGUCUGCGAACCGAAUGGCCAACAUUACCCGGUCAUAUAUUCUUCGCACACAGCAUAUGAGAUCAAAUUUGAGACAAUGUACGACAACAACCACAGAAAAAAAUAAUAAUACAACAGAGCCUCCUGGAUCCAAAAUGGACAAGUCAGCAGAGAAGCCUGAGACCAAACAAGAUGAGAAAACUUCAGCUGCAUCAGAAGCUGAAGCAACACUUAAGAAAGAAAAAGAAAAAUUGGAGGAUACUGUGAAAGACAUGAAGGUACCAGGGUUAUUUCAUAGACUUAGAAGACGUGUUUGGCCUACAGAUGAGACUUAUGUUCAAAGACUGUGGCCAUUUUCUCGACGGAAAUAUGUGCCGCAGGACAAAUACAUUCGAGCAUUAGCAGAAACUGAGAAUGUGAGACAGCGAAUGAAGAAACAAGUAGACGAUGCAAAGAUUUUUGGAAUUCAAGGAUUUUGUAAAGAUUUGCUGGAGGUUGCUGACAUUUUGGGAAAGGCCACAGAAAGUGUACCAAAAGAGGAGGUGAAAGAUGAAAACAUUCAUUUAAAGAAUCUGUUUCAAGGACUUACUAUGACAGAAUCACAGUUAUUGAAGGUGUUUAACAAACAUGGACUGGAGCAGAUAACCCCUGCUGAAGGUGAAAAGUUUGAUCCAUUUAUUCAUGAAGCUAUGUUUGAAGUACCUACUGCAAAUCAGGAGGCUGCAUCUACUAUUGCAGUCACAACAAAAGUAGGGUACAAACUAUCUGAUAGAACUAUCAGACCAGCCCUUGUUGGAGUGUUCAAAGCAACAUGAUCAUCAAAACUUUGGAAAGAUAUUUUGAUUUAAACUAAGUCAAUACAUUUCUUGUUAGGUAUACUGUCAGUGCAUUUAGAGAAAAGUUUAUUGUAAACACGGAAAAAAAUCAUGAAUGCAAUCACAGGCAGAGUUAUACAUUACCUUGGACAGAAGACUUCAUGUACAUACCACUGUAUACAAUUAGUUUUAUAGGAUAUUUUCUGGUAAGUCAUGAGCACUAUUUCCAAAAUCUUGAUUAGUCCAAGUACAAAGAGAUAUAGGAGGUUCCAGGCCCCAGAAACAUGAAACGAUCUUCAAUCUAAAACUUUCUGGAGUUGUCACAUGUGAUUGGCU